UCUCCCUAGCACACCCUAUCUUUUUCCAUUUGCUUAGCACAUACUUUUUCUUCUCCUAAACAAGGGUGCCAGGAUAUACUAGCAUUCCUAAGCUUCAGUACUUAUCUGGAAAGGGUUUCCAUUUAACCAGCCCCCUGGAGGUUAGCAUUGCAGUUAGGAGUGCAAACACUGGAGCCAGCCUGACCUGGGUUCAGAUGACAAAACUGCUCAGGACAGGGCUGCAGCAUAGGAGUCUCAGCUGCUUACAUCCAGGUCCAGGAUUAUGUCUGCUAACAGACGCUGGUGGGUACCACCUGACGACGAAGACAGUGUGUCUGAGAAGUUCCUGAGGAAGACUCGGGAAUCUCCGCUGGUACCUAUAGGCUUAGGAGGCUGCUUGGUGGUAGCAGCAUACAGGAUUUACCGGCUGAGGUCUCGUGGUUCCACCAAGAUGUCCAUACACCUGAUUCACACCCGAGUGGCAGCGCAGGCCUGUGCAGUGGGUGCAAUCAUGCUAGGUGCUGUGUACACAAUGUACAGUGAUUAUGUCAAGAGGAUGGCACAGGAUGCUGGAGAGAAGUAGGACUCCUAUAAGAGCCGGGGAUGUCCGACUCCCCUAAAUCAAUCUCUGGUACAUUCCUAAUAAAGCAGUUUUGAGGAAAA